CUUUUUUCUCUAGUUGCCACAAGUACUCUAGCCAUGGGAGUCAAUUUACCAGCUCAUUUGGUAGUGAUCAAAUCAACACUUCACUACAUUGGAGGAAUGUUCACUGAAUACACUGAGAGCCAGAUACUGCAGAUGAUAGGAAGGGCAGGAAGACCUCAAUUUGAUACAACAGCUACUGCAGUCAUAUUGACCAGAUAUUCAACAAAAUCAAAGUAUGAAGCUCUUCUUAGUGGAAGCCAAGUGAUAGAGAGCAAUCUUCAUUCUCAUUUGAUUGAGCAUUUGAAUGCUGAAGUUGUUCUCUGUACCAUUACUGAUGUUAGCAUUGCUUUGGAGUGGCUCAAAUCAACUUUCCUCUACACACGAAUCAAGAAAAAUCCAAAACACUACAAUAUACCUGAGAACUUACCUGCUGAAAUUUUAGAGGAGAAAUUGCAAGAGAUGUGCCUGAAGGAUCUUCGAAUGCUAGAAAACUGUGGCCUAAUAAAUAUGGAGGAUGGAUUCAGUCUUGUUCCUACUGAUAUUGGACGUUUGAUGGCAAGAUAUUACGUUGCUUUUGAGUCAAUGAAGAGAUUCCUUGGAUUAAAAGGAAGCGAAACACUUGGAGAACUUGUCGAGGAGUUGUCGAAAUGCGAAGAGUUUCAAGACGUUAGGCUGAGAAUGAAUGAGAAAAGAAUAUUGAAUCAGUUGAAUAAAGAUAAGCACAGGAUCACCAUCAGGUACCCAAUGAAUGGAAGGAUCAAAUCAACUGAUAUGAAAGUCAAUUGUUUAUUGCAAGCUACUCUUGGCUGUCUCCAGAUAACAGAGUUCUCCCUCAAUCAGGACACACAGAAGAUAUUCAGAUCAGCCUCGCGUCUUUGCAGAUGUUACAUGGAGCUAGUACUGUUAGGUACCAACUAUACUGCACUAGUUAAUGGGGUUACUUUACAUAAGUGUAUUCAGGCCAGGCUAUGGGAAGAUUCCAAAUACGUUGUUAAACAGCUUGAUAAAAUAGGUCUUGCAUUAAGCACGACUUUGGUGAAUGCUGGCAUUACAUCCUUCAACAAGUUAUUGGAGAAGAACCCAAGGGAGCUAGAACUCAUAGUAAAUCGUCAUCCUCCUUUUGGAAACCAGGUGAGAGAGGCUGCUUCAAAGUUACCUAGCUAUUCAAUAAACAUUGAACAAAUUCAGUCUUCGUCAGUUAGACAUUCAGAGGUAGAGAUAUUAGUGACUUUAUUGCUGGUCAAUCACCAAAUACUGAGAGACACUGGAUCCACUUCAGGUCCUAGUCAUACCUCACUGCUAUUGAUAGGGAAUGAGUCUAAUGAGAUCUUAUUAAAGCAGAAAAUAAUUGAUUCUCAGUUAUUAUCAACUGGAAGUUGGACUAAAAGAUUGACAGUAUCAGAGUCAAGAAAAGGGCCUAAGUUAAAGGUAUCAUGCAUCAGUAUGGAAUACGUGGGUAUUGAUGCUCAUAAAGAUUUCAUCCCAACUUACUCUAGGCCAUUAUUUAACACAGUUUCACAGCAUGGAGGAAUCGAACCAAAGGAAGAACCUCAGGCAUCAUUAAAUGUAACCAAUACUAAGUCCAAAGGCAAAAGUGGCCCCAAGAGCCGACAGAAACUCUGCAAUCAUCGCUGCAUUAACAAAGCAGUAUGUGGACAUGAUUGUUGCAAGUAUGGUGUAAAUACAAAUAGCAAUGGAAAUAUAACAGAUGCUUGUAGUACAAGUGUGCCUUCAAGCUCACUACAAGUGGGUACUCCAAUGAAAAGGAAGCAAAAAGCAGGAGAAAUGGCCGAACAUGUUAGUGAUUUGCGUAAUCGCAUGUCAAGUAUUCCACCCACUCCUGGAGUGAAGAGACUAAAAGUAACGAGCUCUAAUUACAGGGACUACCUCAGUCCCAGGGACAACAUGAAAAGAGAUUUCUCUUAUGUGCCAAAGACUAAACUUCCUCCUUCUUUCUCUCUCUCUUUUCCUGGCCCAUCUUCAUAUGAUGACUCUGGUCCAUUACAGAGAGAGAGAGAAAGAGGAGAAGUAAUUGUUGAAAGAGAUUCCGAGGAAGACAGUGUCUCAUUUUAUGAUCCAGAUCUCUUUACCAUGUACGAUGAUUUCUCUGAUGACGAUUUCUCUCCUCCUCCUCUCCCUCCUUCUCUUCCAAAACUCGGUCCACUCAAAAUACCAGCGCAAUUGGAACCAGUUCCUACUUUACAGCAACCGGGACCAUCAACAUGGCAACCAGUGUCGCCACCAUGGCAACCAGAUGUAACACCUUCAGAUUAUGACACUAACUUGAAAGGUAGCAAAACGUUUGAUAAAGAAGUCAAAACUAAGAGACCGUCUUGUCAGAGGAAUAUCUUGCAUGAAUUGAAUUACGUGAGUUCUGGAAUGGACAAAAAAGUUUCUCCACCAACCUCCUCCUCCUCUUCUAAUCUUCUACCAUUCUUCACUUCUUCAGCCAAAAACAACUCACAGACUGAUGAAAAUGAUGUUUUUGGUGAAGUAUUUGAUGGCUUAUUCUGACUGGCUCAGAUUGACAUGUAACUCUCCAUUUAACUUCACUAUACUCAUUAAAAAUAAUAAAUAAUAAUAAAUUCAAUAAUACUUAUAAUGUGCAUUAUACAGCUAUACUGUAUGUAAUAAUAACACAAAUUUUUAAAGACAACAAUAGUUCUUGUAUUAUAAACAAAAUUAAAUUAAUAAUAAAUAUAAUAAUGGCUUUAAAGUGUUGUUUUAACGAACU